AGAGAGGUAGGAGUGCGCAGGAUAAGGCGCGUGGAGGCGGUGUGGUGCACGGAGGAGAGAGAAGGAGGUGAGGAGAGGGAUAAGGAAGCCAUUGAAGAAGUGAAGAAGAUGAGAAGAGUGGGCCUUGUUUGGGAGAAGAUUAGCCAGUGAGUAACACACACCACACUACACCCAGAACGUUUCGUCAAUCAGCAUUUGUUGGAGAGCAUUUGAAAGUUGGUGAGCUAUGGAGGGGCUUCCACUAGAAUUCUUCAAAGUUUUUCUCAUCCAGAAAGGUUCUACGCAGUUGCAAAUACCAAGAUCUUUUACCAAGUUUUUUAAUGGAAUCGCACCAUGUAAGGUCGUUGUUGAAGAACACGGUGGAAAAUAUUGGGAUGUUAAGUUGGAAAAAAUGGAGGGUCUUUUGGUUUUCAAAAAUGGGUGGCAGGAAUUUGUGAAGGAGAAAAAUCUAGAAGAAGGGGACUUUUUGGUUUUUCAGUAUGAUGGCAAAACUACGUUUACUGUGAAGAUAUUUGCGAAAACUGGGUGCAGGAAAGUGGCUGCAUCUCCAAGCCGUGUAAAAGUUGUUCCCAUUGUGAAUUUGGAAGAAGAUUCUGAUGAGGAUAGUUAUAAAAUCCAGAGCAAUGGUGUACGGAAACGUCCACUGCCUAGUUCCAAAGCAAAUGUGAAAUCAGAGGGUGCAUGUCCAUUCGAAGGAGCUCAGCGCAAAUCAAAAAGAGUGAAGGAAGGAAAAGAUAAAACGAAUGACGAGAAACCUGCUCUUGCAAAGCAUGUUCCACUGGAGAAUGCUCAUUUUCAAAUAUGUUUUACUUCUCGAUAUAAACUGAAAAGAGUGGAACUUCCUAGAAAAUUGCUCAAAAUGAGGAAUAUCAAGCUGCUAAAAAAUAUAACUCUCAGGGAUGAGAAUGACGAGUCAUGGCCGGUGCUGAUCAAUUCUAGUAAUGAUCGUAAUUAUCUGGGAAGUGGAUGGUUGACUUUUAAGAAGAAUAAAAACAUUCAAGAAGGCUCUCGGUGUGAUUUUCAAUUUGUUGUUAACAAAUCAAAUAUGGCCAUAGAACUGCUUGUGCACGUGAUAUCGAAGAUAAGUAAAUAGUUUAGUACAUGAAUUAUCAUUUUGGUAUGAAUUAAGAUUACACUCAUCUUGUGCCUUUACUUAUUUAGAAGGGUUAUAGAGAUGAUGAUUUGCACUUGGAGAGGGAUGC